AAAAGAAAAGAAAAACGUUUACAGAGUUUAGGGUUGCUGGUUGCUCUCUCACAUUCAAGCUUCUGAAUACUCUUUCUUUAAAGACAAUCCGAUGGCUGUAAAAAGACCUACACCAAAGGUGAUGGGGGUAGUGACAAUACCCAAAGAGUUUGAUAUCCAGGCGUCUGAUUCUGACCCGGAAACAGCGUCAGAAGAUGCAGAAUCAGAGUCUGAUUCAGAAGGGGAAGAAGACUUGAAAUUAGCCGAGCCUUCAAAAACAGCUAUAUAUAACAAAGAAGGUAUACUUGAUAAACUUGCAGACAUCAGGUGGCCCGAGGAUGUAGAAUGGAUUCAUAAGCUUUCACUCGAUAUUGAACAAGCAGAAGAGGUGGACGUUAAUGAUGAUUUAGCUCGUGAGCUUGCUUUUUAUACGCAAGCGUUAGAGGGUACACGAGAAGCCUUUGUGAAGUUUCAAGGAACGGGCCUUCCGUUUCUACGUCCAACUGAUUAUUAUGCUGAAAUGGUGAAAACCGACACUCACAUGGAGAAAAUUAAGGGCCGGUUAUUAUCUGAAAAGAAGAGAAUCGAGGAAGCUGAAGAGAGGAGAAAGAUGAGAGACAACAAGAAAAAGGCUAAAGAAGUGCAAGCGGAGAAACAAAAAGAACGGGUUAAACAGAAGAAAGACGAGAUUGAAUCAGUUAAGAAAUGGAGGAAACAACGACAACAAAGUGGGUUUCCGGGAGGUGAGAAAGACAGUGAUAUGGGUUUACCGUUUGAAGUUGGAAAAGAGUCGGAUAAAGCUAAGCAUCACAAACGGGUUGGGGUCAAACCAUGGGAUCGGUCAGGUGGGAAAGGAAAGCCAAGUUUUGGAAAAGACCGAAAAGGAGCAGGGAGCGGUAAGAGGAAGAGCAGAGAGUUUAGGGAUUCUAAGUAUGGAUUUGGAGGAAAGAAAGGCCUGAAUAAACAAAACACUGCUGAAACUACUAAUGAUUUUAAAGGCUUUAACAAAGGCGAUUCCUUCCAAAAUAAGAAACGAAAGAAGUGAACACAACUUCGUUAGUUUUGGUUCUUUCAGGUUAGAUUGUUGUUUUCUUUGAAUAUCCAAGUCUUUAAUGAGUUAUUGUUUUUGUUGCUAUUGUUUAAGCUUUAGUUUUGUCUACCUGUUUGGUUACCUAGUGUUGGGCAUAUUUCGUAUUACAUACAAUUUUGUACGCAAUGUUUUGUCUUUAUUUUGGAACUUAUCGAAAUAUCCAAUUGGGGAGAAAGAUCACCUUGAAAUUUAA